AUGGCCAUUCAAAGAUGGCGUUUGAGUCCUGCUCUCCACCUUCUCCUGCUCCUUCUCCUGCUGCUCAGUGCCACGAUGCAUAGCCAGGCUCGUCCUUUCUUUGGCCAACCUACAGUUAACAUUGCAGUAGUGUUUAGUGGCUCUGGUCACCAGGGUGAAAUAAAGGGUCGUCUGAGCCGAGAGAACUUCAUUGACUUGCCGCUGGAUGUAAAUCCCAUUACUGUAGUAGUGAAUGAUACAAGCCCCAGUGCCCUUCUCACAAGCCUCUGUCAGACCAUGGCUGCCGAAAGCCUUCAUGGUGUGGUGUUUGAAGAUGAUGUGGACUCAGAGGCUGUUGCUCAGAUCCUAGACUUUCUUUCCUCUCAGACUUCCAUCCCUAUCGUGGGCAUAAAUGGAGGGUCUGCCUUGGUCAUCACUCACAAGGCUGAAGGUUCGACUUUUUUCCAGAUGGGAGCUUCUAUUGAGCAGGAGAUUAAUGCUAUGUUCAAAGUGAUGGAGGAAUACAACUGGGGCCGCUUUGUUGUGAUCACCAGCCUUUACCCUGGCUAUGAAAACUUUGUGGAAUACAUUCACUCUUUUACAGACUCCAGCUACUUUCUGUGGGAAUUGCAGGACGUGCUAAGCUUCGAGAUGUCAGUGGGAGCCAAUGAUAUCCGCUCUCGCAGACUGCUGCAGCAGGUGGAUGCUCAGGUGUAUCUGCUAUACUGUUCGCAUGACGAGGCUCAGUAUCUGUUCAGGAUGGCAUCUGAUGUCGGCUUAUUGGGACCUGGGUACAUCUGGGUUAUUCCCAGCUUGGCGGUAGGAAAUCCAGAGGUCUCACCCCCAGAAAGUUUUCCGAUUGGGGUCAUCAGCAUCAUCUCAGACCGCUGGAGAAAAACGCUGAGACAGAGGGUGAGGGAAGGAGUAGCUGUGGUGGUACAAGGAGUGUAUAGUUUCCAAAAGCACAGAGGAUUUGUUCCUGAAGGUCACAGUCAUUGUAACAGUUCAGCAAAGUCCUACAACAACUAUUUACUUUCUAGGCAUAUGGUAAAUGUAACAUGGGAGCAGAGGGACCUGUCUUUCAAUGCUGAUGGAUAUCUGUCAAAUCCAUCUCUGGUGAUCAUUGCUUUGGACCGAGAGAGACUCUGGGACAAGGUAGGGAGCUAUGAGGGGGGGAUUCUGCAUGUGCGCUAUCCGGUUUGGCCCCGCUAUGGCAGCUUCCUAGAGCCAGUAUCUGAUAACCGUCACCUGACAGUGGCUACACUUGAGGAGAGGCCUUUUGUCAUCGUAGAGAGUGUUGAUCCCAGCACAGGCACGUGUGUGAGGAACACUGUCCCCUGUCGACGUCAAGCUAACAGGACCGAGACUGUUGUUGGCCACACUGAGCCUUACACCAAGCUCUGCUGCAAAGGCUUCUGCAUCGACAUCCUUAAGAAGCUCUCACGCACCAUCAAGUUCUCCUAUGACCUCUACUUGGUGACUAACGGAAAACACGGAAAGCUGGUACGAGGCAUCUGGAAUGGCAUGAUUGGAGAGGUCUUCUACAAGCGUGCAGAUAUGGCUAUUGGCUCACUCACUAUUAAUGAAGAGCGUUCAGAGAUUAUUGACUUUUCAGUGCCGUUUGUGGAGACUGGCAUUAGUGUCAUGGUAGCCAGGAGCAAUGGCACCGUCUCACCCUCUGCCUUUCUAGAGCCUUACAGUCCAGCAGUAUGGGUCAUGAUGUUUGUAAUGUGUCUGACUGUUGUGGCUGUCACUGUGUUUGUCUUUGAGUAUUUUAGCCCUGUUGGAUAUGAUCGCAGUCUAAUCAAUGCCAAAGCUCCCGGUGGCCCCACCUUUACUAUUGGGAAGUCUGUCUGGCUCCUGUGGGGGAUUGUUUUCAAUAACUCUGUCCCUAUUGAAAACCCUAAAGGCACAACCAGCAAAAUUAUGGUGUUAGUGUGGGCCUUCUUUGCUGUCAUCUUUCUAGCCAGCUAUACUGCAAAUUUAGCAGCCUUCAUGAUUCAAGAGCAGUAUAUUGAUACAGUUUCUGGGCUCAGUGACAAAAAGUUCCAGAAGCCCCAGGAGCAUUACCCUCCUUUUCGUUUCGGCACGGUCCCAAACGGCAGCACUGAAAGAAACAUUCGCAGCAAUUAUCCAGAUAUGCACAGCCACAUGACCAAAUACAACCAGAAAGGAGUGGAAGAGGCACUCAACAGUCUCAAAACAGGAAAGCUAGAUGCCUUUAUAUAUGAUGCUGCAGUGCUUAAUUACAUGGCUGGCAAGGAUGAGGGCUGCAAGCUGGUUACCAUUGGAAGUGGGAAGGUGUUUGCUACUACAGGCUACGGCAUUGCUCUGCAAAAGGACUCUCAUUGGAAACGCCCUAUAGACCUGGCACUUCUCCAGUUCCUGGGAGAUGGAGACACACAAAGACUGGAAACUGUGUGGCUAUCUGGAAUAUGCCAGAACGAGAAGAAUGAGGUGAUGAGUUCCAAGUUGGACAUUGACAACAUGGCAGGUGUCUUCUACAUGCUGCUAGUGGCUAUGGGGCUUAGUCUGCUUGUGUUUGCCUGGGAGCAUCUGCUUUACUGGAAACUCAGACACUCAGUACACAAAUCUGACAACUUGGACUUUCUUUUGGCCAUAAGCAGGGGCAUCUACAGUUGUUUUAAUGGUGUCCAGGAUGCAGGAAAAUCUGGCAACUUGCAGAACCUUGACAUCACAACUAACUAUGCCCAGGCCAACAUGCUAAAAAUGCUCCAAACGGCGAAAGACAUUGUUUCCUCUGCCAAAGUCGAGAAUUCUUUAAACAAGGCUACAAAAACCAUAGAAAACUGGAGCCGGAAAGGGGGAAGUCUGCCAGCACAAAUUUCCCAUGUAACUACAAAUGAGACGCUUCCAAGUCAGUUCUCUCACAUCACAGCAAACAACUUUGCCCAACGAUCCUUAACACCACCAUUCACACAGCAUUGUGCUGACAAUACCAGUCCACAACAUGUAUUUGACCAUGGACCACGCCAUAAUCCAUUAAACUAUAGCCUCCUUUCCCGGUCUGGUUCCUUGUAUGAUGGGAUGCUUCGAAUGUCUAGCAUCAGCACUCCUCAUUUAGCCAUGUAUGAUCAACAUCCUGAAAGGCCAGGCCAUAUGGACACUCCAUUCAAAGCAUAUAGAGAUCAGGUGCCAGACAUCUAUGCUAAGCAUCAGAAACCUUCCCACAUGUUUGAAGACCCCAGAUGGAAAAAGGAACCCCACAGCUCUCUGGUGGAGUCUGUGGACCUUAGAGGAUUACAUGGCCAAAAAGCUCACACAAUAUGUCUUGCAGAUGUCCAGGCAAACAACUUUGCUCAAGGUGUACCUUCUACAGAAUGCCUUAAUCAGCCAGGAGAUACUGCUUGUAAUUUGUGCUUUAAAUCAUAUAUGGAGCCUGCACUGGAUGGAAUGCCUUUGAUAAGAAGAAGAAAACUCUAUCGCAGACCUUCCUUCCUCAAAGCCACAUGGGGUCCAGGCAGAGUGCGUUUUCCAAAUGAGAGCUCUACUUCUACAGGCUUUUCCCGAGUUGAAAUGCCAGAUCUGUUCCCUUUCACAGAGGUAUGUGGAAGAGCAGGAAAUAACCCUACAUCAGUGGAACACAUUCACCUACAUCCUUUUCGCCGCCAUCCCGGUAGAAGUCAAAAGUUGAGACACUCGCACUCAACCUGUCUGCCCUCUUACAGGGAGGCACUUCAUCACAAUGGCAUAGGUGUGAAGAGGGCCGCCAGCUUAGUACACAGACAGUACUCCUAUCCUGACCUGCCGACCUUUCGGAGCCCGUUGCCAUAUGGACCGGCUGCACUGUGCAACAUCUUUCCUUUCAUGGGUUAUCCCAGUGACAGUGUGCAUAGGGGGUUUAGGGCUGCUGCACACCUGCAGGAUGACCAUCUGCUCACUGUUCCAGGCAGCAGUAGACUUCACAGGGUCGGUAACACAGGUGUACCUUUGACAUGGGGCAGGAUUUCCAGCCUGGAGUCUGAAGUUUGA